GAAAUUCUACCAUUUUGCUAAUUGAAUUUAAUUGCCGGGCAUGCCCGCGUUUCUGGUGUUGUGGCCGGACAUCACCCAUAAUCGCAGGUUUUCGCGUAUUCAUCCCGUAGCUCUCGAAAUUUAGUCGUUUGAUUCAGUGCUGGGCAACGAAAAGGAGCUAUUCACUUGAAGGUUUCAGUCUGCAGGACAUGUUAAAAACGUUUAAGGCAAGAUAGAAGUAUGAGUUCAAGAUAUCAUAUUGGUGUUUGUUCUUUUCAUUUAUUGCUCUUCACUGCAGUAAUUAGUGUCCUUUUACAGGCUGUUGAAAUGAACGCAAUUGCAGUGCCAAGUUCCAGUUGCUAUGUUUUUGACAAUUCUAGUCACAUUGUUGACUUUAGUAGCUGGAUAGGACAACUAUUUGAAUAUGAUGGGAAGGAUUCUGACUUGGUGGUUCGAUUUUGCAAAGAUGUGGAAAGAAGAUCGCAAUCGGGAUAUGUAGAUUUUGGUCGAUUUGAAAAAUUCAACUACUUUGUCACUGGUUCAGGACAUGCCAACUUUGUUCAAGAUUAUUACAAUGGCGACCUGACUUCUUGUGAGCAGAGUUAUGACAAAUUGGGGAGGACUGCGCAGGUAAAUGUUAUAUGUGGAAGUUGUUUAAAUGGACAAUGUAAAGGUGGUCUGGGAUGCAUCUGCAAUAUCACUUAUGAGUCCAAUUGCAGAGUUAUUAUUGAUCUUGCCAUCCCUUGUGAGAUACAAGGUCCACGUGUUUUCAAAGGAUUUACUGUUGGUUUCCACCCUCGAUCCUGGGAAAUUGUUUACAAUGGUUUGACUCAAUUAGGCUUCGAGAAGCCACACCAUGCAUUCGGCUUUAGCACAGAGCAGACUCGUGUGGUUCUUUAUAUGACUGCAAUUUCAUCACUUUCCUCUUUGGUACAUAGACCAAUCAUUCAGGUUUUUCCAGAAAUUGGACUAGAUGUGAAAGUAUCAGGCUCAGGGGCAACUGGGAGCUACCCUACAACUUUGUCACCCUCCAUGUUGAUGAUUGACUGGAGAUGUGAUAUUGCCAGGGACAUUCCAUAUGAAGUUAACAUCACGGUCCCUGUGGCUGAUUAUGAACCAAUUAGUUUUUUUCUUACCAAAAUGUGUGAAAAUAGGCAGGACCGACUAGGAGAAUCUAUUAAAGGAUGGGCGACAUUUGGGAUACUCUCUUGCAUAUUCAUGGUCGUAGCAUCACUACUUUGUUGUGGAGGGUUUGUUUAUAAGGCCAAAGUGCAAGGCCAGCAUGGAAUCGAUGCAUUACCCGGCAUGACACUGUUAUCCGCUUGCUUGGAAACUGUAAGUGGAGGAGGACAAAGCUACCCGAGAGCGGAAGGCGUCAACGACGCGUUCGUCAGUGAUGCCUCCUGGGAACACCCACCAUCUUCUUCUCGACGGACAUGGACAGCAUCUGAGAAAAAUUAUGGUUCAAUAUGAAUGUCUCUUGGUUUCAGUUUUGCAUCUCUUAGCAAGUUUACCAGAGGAAUUUGGUGGUACGCCAUUGGAUUAAGGAAUAUAGGCAAGAGGGAUGGCUUAGUCGUAGCCCUCAUUGGGUCAGGAUUUUAGGCCAAGCUUAGUUUUUGUAGCGAUAAACAUAUUCAUCACAAUCCAAGGGAAGUAAUGUCUCAACCAAUUAUACUAUGCUCGUAUCGUUACGAAAUAUUAGUAGUAUUGACAUUUAUCAUUAAAAAGUAUGAAUAAGAUAUAAUUUGACCUUUUUA